AUGUCUGAAUUAGAAGCUUAAUGUAUAAGAAUGGUUAAAUUUGGAUAAAGUAAUAUUGAAAAAACUAUUCAAUUCUUUGACAAUAAAUUAUUAGAUUAGAUAAUUAAUGAUUACUCUAAAAUGGAGUAGAAUCUACUACAGACUUCCAAUGUAUAAAACAUGUAUUAUAUUUAAGAAUUUAAACAAAUCAUUAAUAGAAGCAGAGUCCACAAAUACAAAGUUAAAAUAAUUGGUUUCUUUGGUAAGCAAAUGAG